AAGUCCAACAAGUUGAAACAGAUACAAAGAAACUAUCAAGUGCCCCAAAAAAGUACACUUGAUUGUGCACCGUUGAUUGAUACAGUAUAAAAAAAAAUAAUUACAAUCGGCCCCUCAAAUAAGUAUAAAUAACAAAUUGAGUCCAUUUAGAUUUCCAGAAAGAGGCAGAGAGAGAGACGGUGCUGAAUUUGCAGCAGCCAGCAGCAGUAGUUUUGUGUACAUGUGUUGGUGUGUGUAUUUGUUGGAAUCUUGACGGGUGGCCCCUGGUCUUUUCUCCUCCAUUCUUUUUCCGCCAUUAAAACAAUUCACCUCUUUUUAGCCCUUUCUUGGGUUCCUCUUCUUUUUAACCUCACCCCAUUGUUUCUCUCCUUUUCACGCAGCCUCUUCACUAUUUUGGCUAAUUGGUUACUUUGAGGUUUCUGAGAUGGCUGACGGGGAGCUGGAAAUUUCUAACCAAGAAAUGUUAUCAAGUUCGAAUUUUGGUGAAUUUAGUAGCUCCAUGGACAGCUUUUUCAAUGAGAUACUCAAGGAUGCGCAUGCUUGUACUCAUGCUCACACUUGUAACCCGCCCGGUCCUGAUAACUCCCAUACCCAUACUUGCUACCAUGUUCACACCAAAAUAGUGCCUACCUCGGAAGACGAUAAGAACCCCAGCGAUGAUACUGCAGAGUCUGCGGAAAAUAAAGGGAAGAAACGCCCGGCGGGUAAUAAGGAAGCUGUUCGUAAGUAUCGUGAGAAAAAGAAGGCUCGGGCUGCUUCAUUAGAGGAUGAAGUUGUGAGAUUGAGAGCUAUAAAUCAACAGCUGUUGAAGAGGCUGCAGGGUCAGGCUGUGUUGGAAGCGGAGGUUGCUAGGCUUAAGUGCUUGCUCGUGGACAUACGAGGAAGGAUUGAAGGGGAAAUUGGAUCAUUUCCCUACCAGAAGCCCAUGAAGAAUGGCAAUGCAUAUCAGCAAAUAGUUAAUCCUAGCUUUCCUGGAGCAUAUGUGGUGAACUCCUGCAACCUGCAAUGUGAUGAUCAGCUUUAUUGCCUCCACCCAGGUGCAGAAGGUAAAAGCUCAGACGGUACUGUAGUAAAUGGACAAGGCUUCAACAACUGUGAAUUUGAGACUCUUCAAUGCUUCGGUAAUCAAACCUCUGAACUGGAGGAGGUUCCUGGGUGUACUGUGGGUAGUAGCACGCCUACUGCCAACACUGGUCGAAGCAAGAGAAGAGGAGGCACGCGUGCAACAACAGCAAGUUGAUGAACUUCUUAGGAAGAGCAUCUUUGUAAUUGAGAAUAAGUAUGUUUUGUUAUGUGUCCUCUUUUGGGAUUUCUCCCAGUUUCAACUUUGCUGAGUUCAAACUGAGAAUCUUCUUCCGGCUGUUGAGUUGGUGGCAUAGUAGGUGUCUGAAUAUCAGCAGUUUAUCAACAGUCGUGUAAAGCAGAAACAACCGAGGGAAUAUAGCUAGCAGAACUCGUGAAGAGGAUACCAAGAGUAGUGGUUUUCUGUGGAGAUCUGGGAUCUUUAUUCCCGACGGUUGUAUUUAUUCAUUCUUUGAUCCUUGAUGAAUAUCUCGCCUCUUGCUGAUGGAUUCCAAGUUGACUGUUCUCGUUCUUAUAUUAUGUGAAUUUGAAACCGCUAGACUUGAAAUAGAUGGUGGUUUUUUAAAUUGCUCGUGGUACUGCUGUCAAGACUGGCAAAGUUGAAACAUUCUUGACACAUUAUUUAAGUACAUUUGCUUGUUUUCUCA